UAGAAAGCCUAGAAACUUCUCUCAGGUCCAUGGCCCAAGCAGCCCAUGGAAUCUCAUAACCUGAGCUCUUCCUCUCCCCUCCUUUCUCUCCCUCCCUCGGCUCUCCCUGGCUCCCUCCCCACCUCCCUCACUCCCACCCUCUCCUCCUCUCCUUGGGCCUUCACCACAGAUUCAGGCGCUGCAGGAGAGGCCUCAGGUUCCUGCUUCCCUGCCUCCUCCCUGACCGUGUCCGCCUUCCUGGCACCGAUCCUGGGUAUAGAGUUUGUCCUGGGGCUGGCAGGGAACAGCUUGGCGCUCUUCAUCUUCUGCUUCCGCACGCGGCCCUGGAUGUCGAACACAGUGCUCCUGGUCAGCCUGGUGGUGGCCGACUUUCUCCUGAUCGUCAACCUGCCCUUUCGUGUGGAUUACUACUUCCUGCACGAGCGCUGGCGUUUCGGGGCCACCGUCUGCAAGCUCAACCUCUUCAUGCUGUCCACCAACCGCUCAGCCAGCGUGGUCUUCCUCACGGCCAUCGCCCUCCACCGCUACCUGAAGGUGGUGCGGCCCCACCACGCGCUGAGCCGGGCCUCCGUGAGGGUGGUCACCUGGGUGGCCGGGGGGAUCUGGGCCAGCAUCCUGCUCCUCAACGGACACCUGCUCCUGGCCGCCUAUCCCGACGGCUCCUGCCUCAGCUACAAGCUGGGGGUCAAGCCCUCGGCUUUGCUCCGCUGGCACCAGGCCCUGUUCGUGCUGGAGUUCUUCCUACCACUGGCACUCAUCGUAUUUGCCAUCGUGAGCAUUGGGCUCAAGAUCCAACGUCGUGGCCUUGGGGGGCAGGCGGGCCCGCGGAGAGCUGUGCGCGUGCUGGCCGUGGUGGUGACUGUCUACACAGUCUGCUUCUUGCCCAGUAUUGUCUUCGGCAUGGCUUCCUUAGUGGCCUUCCGCCUGGGUGCCUGCCCCGCCCUUGACCUCUGCACGCAGCUCUUCCAUGGCUCCCUGGCCUUCACCUACCUCAACAGUGCCCUAGACCCUGUGCUCUACUGCUUCUCGAGCCCUAGCUUCCUCCGCCAGGUCCGGGCCCUGCUGGGCCUCACCGAGGGCCGGCAGGGCUCAGCCAGUGACGAGAGUUCCUACCAGCCAUCUGCCCGGCGCCGGGAGGCCACUCGGAAGAUGCAGGCUGUGGAGAAACUGUAGACGGAGGUCUCGCUGGAGGGCCUGCUCGAGUAAGAAGGUCCCUCUCGGGACUAGGGGUUCCCCAGGCCGCAAGAGGAAGGACGGCUGGGCUCUGACCUGGAGGAAGAAGGUUGCCAGCAUAGGGUGCCUCAACCAACUGGAUGUCGGCAGGAGACAGGUGGGUGGCAGGGGAAGGAAAGGGUCUCGACCUUCCAGAGCAGUGUGUCCCAGAUGACAUCCCCAGAGUGCAGGAAAGAGACUGAUGGCGGGUGGAGACAAGACAGAGGCUGUAGCAGCUCCCCUCCAGACAAAGGGCCAUACGGCUGCCCAGUCCAGGGGGAGAGCACAAGUCUUGCUUUGGAGGUUGGACAGUGCACAUUUUUGUCAUCUCCAGCUUGUCCCUUUCAAUGCUAAUAAACUGCCUUUUGAAAAUGCAAGUUUGCCUCAGCUGUUCUAAGGAAAACUAAACAAAUGUCUUUUGGCCCAUCUGGCCCUGGGGUCAAUAGGGUUCCAAGUGAGUGCCCCAAGAUGAAGGGAGACUCUGGGGACAGAGCAAGGAAGCCCCCCAGGACACCAUCCUUCCACAUUGCUCCUGGAGCCCUGCAGUAUCCUUCUAGGCAGAAAAAAGGCUUCUCUGGGUCAUAGGAGGGCAGCUCAUCUGGAUCCCUGGGUGACCCCGGCUCCUUUCUGGUCUUUAGCUCCCCUUCUGCAGUCCUUGAGGUCUUGCCCAGUGCAUCAAGAGCUCAGGCCCACCCUCCCCUGGGAUGAUGAGGAGAUCUUGCACCUUGGAAGUUAACUGCUCCAUCCAGCUCAGGCUCCUGGCUCAGCUCGGGAUCCUACCCACAGCUUUCCUCAGCCCCAAGUACCCUUCCCUGGCUUUGGAACCUGUGGUGACUGUUAACCUAACCAGGACAGGACCCCAGCUAAGGACAGGAGCCUCAGAGUCACAGGGCUGGCUCAUAGCCCUCUCCCAGGACCAAAGCCAUCUUGUCCACCUCUAUUCCUUUGUUCU